UAAUCCCUCUAAAAUUGUGCCAUCUAGAUAUUAUAAUUGUUGCUACAUGAUUUUUGAUUUAAUAUCUAGUUAUCUAAUGAAAAACACAAUAUAUUCUCCAAGUUGCUCUUCCCUAUAAUCCUCUUCACUCCCAAGUACCAAAAAAAAUGGGUGAUGUUCUAAGCCCCUACACACUUUCACCCCCACCUUCUUCAUCAUCUUCUUCAACAAAGUCCAACAUUAUCAUGCUAUAUUAUGGCCUGGCAGUUGUUGGAACCGCCGCAAUAGCGCUAGCACUUUACAACUACUGCGUCAUCAGAAGAUGCAGCAGGCAACAACAACCGCAGCCCGAAACAACAAGUGGGUUGGUCGAGGUUGUCGUGUCAAGAAGUAUGAGCUUCGAGAAUUCGCAAAGUAACUUGCUCUCAAGCUUCAAGUACAAGAAAGAAGAAGCAGAGAAAAAGGAGAAAGCCCAAAAAGAAGAAGAAGAAGAAGGUGAUGAGGAUGGUUCUUAUGAUGAGUGCCCCGUUUGUUUAUCGGUUUUCGAAGAAGGUGAAGAAGUGAGGAAGCUUCCGAGAUGCAAGCACUCUUUUCAUGCUCAGUGUAUAGAUAUGUGGCUUCACUCCCAUUUUGAUUGCCCUGUUUGCCGUACACCGGUGGGGGCUUUCUUCCGCCGUUUUCCGCCGGAGACUAAUAAUAAUAAUAAUUCCGUUGAGGAGUUGCCGGAAUCCGGUGGUGUAUGAGGUUUAAGGGUGGUGGGGCCUGGCCAGCUUUGGGGAAAUUGGGACGAGUCGUUGACAACUUUCUGAAGAAGGAACAGCGACACAAAGCAGCCCACUUGUUUUCUCGUUGGAAUGUUACGUGACAAUGGGGAGACUCAUGGAUAUAUAUUUACACACACUCCCAUUUUUUCUCUUUUACUUUCUUUCUUUCUUUUUUUACAUAUUAUGUGUUAAAUUGAUUAAUUGAUAUGUUAAUUUUGAUUUAUUAUUUAUAUAUCAUCGUUAAGAGUAAUUGUCAU